GCCCUGGAGGUUGCUCAGAGGCGAGGACUGCGUGCAGGUCGUGGUGAAGACGCCGCGAUAAGUCAACGUGGGGACGUUGCAGAUAUUUACGCUCGUCGCAGGCGCAGUGGACGUGGAAUGCGGUAGAAGCUCUUAAUUGCUGGUAAAAUCGAUACCAUUUUCGGACGCGUUGAUGAUUUAAGAAAUCUCAUUGAGAAUUCAACCAAGUCCUCGAGAUAAUGAGAGACUACACGGAAGAGAGAUACUCCAUGGGAGAGUGAGAGAAAAAGGGGACUCAUACGCUCUCUCGCGGAUACGCGCGUGUCCUGGAUUAAGGAUGCAAAUAUGGCAUAGCAUCCUGCGCUGUGUGCCUCGCUCGCGUUUGGAUAUAUACCUCUACCUAGACAGUAAUAUUGCUUCUUGUUGAUCAGGAUCUCUGGCUUCUUUGUGGUUAUGGAGACGUCUGCCUUGAAUCUGGCACACGAGAAGCAAAGACGAGCAGAAGCAUUGUUACGAGAAGGAAAGUUCGAGGAAGCAGCUUCGUGUCACGAAACUGUGGCUGAUCUUUUGGCAGAAGCUCAUGCGCAACUCGAGUCCAGUCUCAUCCAUGUACAGGCACCUACUUUGUCUUCCCAAGACUCAUCAAAAUUUCUGACACCAAUUCACUCGCUUGUUACAUUGGAAUCCCUUAGCCUACAACGGGAUUACCAUAAGAGACAGGCAGCUGUUGUCAGAAUGAAGCAGGCACAAUAUGAGGAGUACAAAACAACGUUAGAAAAUCGUCAGAAAGAUCUUCUUAAUAAGCAUGCAGCCAGAUAUAGCGAAAGAGAUAAUUGUACGGAUAUAAAAAUUGAUAAGUUUGAUGGUUCUCUACGUCAAGCUAUAUAUAAAACUAUUGACGAACAAGAUAGUCUUCUGAGUUUAAUAGACAUCAAGCUACCUAAUACAGAAGAAAAGAGUUUUAAACAUCCCAAAGACACGGGCACCGUUAUAGAAGAGCUCAGAACCGUUAAUAGCCAAUUGCGAUCUCUUGUAGGGAGCUUACUCAGCCAACUAGAAGCAAAGGAAGAAGAGGUACGCCAAUUAACAGAGCGUCUCUAUGCAGUUUCUGUCAAUUCUAACGACAUCAGAUCCGAAGAACAUCGUCUUAGUCUUGAUCCUCUACCUCCCUUGACACCUCUUGAAAUGCCUCUUUUCGAUUUUACAUCUUCAUAAAAUACAAAGUUUCCCACACCUAUAAUAUGCUUCAGAAAUAUUCAUGAAAGAACUUUGAAGUAAAAUUAAUGUUAAUUAUCAUCAGCACUAAAAAUAUCAUAUUUUCAAAUAUAUAUUGGAGUGUAUAUAAUUGUAAAUUUUAUAUAAAUGAUAUAUAGAAAAUGUGACAUGUAUUUUUUUUGUAAAUUUGGAAAAGCGAGUUACAAAGGGUGUAUAUAAUGAAAUUAUAUAUAGCGCAUAUUUUGUUGCGUGUCCUUUCAAUUUGUGCUGAAUCUGUUUAAAAAUUUGUGUAUCGAAUCAGUUAUACGGAAAAUUAAUGUUUUUAAAAAAUAAUUAGUAAUAAGUGAAAGUGAAUUUAAGUAAUGGGCAAUUUGUCUACUACAGGAGAGUUCCAAGCAAAGUAUUUUAGAUGACUGUUUGGUCACUUGUUUUGGGAUUGUACUUAAUUCUCUGUGAUCCAUUAUUGUGCAUAAAUAAAGCUCGAGUUCAGUUUUAA